AUGAGACAAGGUUUUAAAUACCAACCAACGGAUAUAGGUCCGUUUUAUGUAUACAUUGAAAAUAUAAAGACAAAUUUUCAGGGUAAAUUAAAUACUAUAGAGGUAGGUGAAAUAAUUUUAAGAGCUCAUUCUGAAAUUGAUAAUAAAAUAAAACAAAUCCAAUCUAUUGGGAAAAACCCAAUUAGAAUAAUUUUAAAAGACUAUCUAAGCGCCAACGUUUUGCCAUCUUCUACUAACUUAAUAAAGCAUGACUUAGGUGCAUUUAUGCCAAAAUUUUUAUUAUUUAGAUUAGUAGUGGUCAAACAAAUAGAUGUGGAUUUGUCAGAAAAAUAUUUAAAAAAGUAG